AUGGACGGGAUUCGUACACACUUCACUGUGAGGACGUCCUUCAGCUUUCUACUUCUGAUUCUGCUUCGAACGUCCGCAGCGCAAAUCUGUUCUGCAGUUAACCAGGUGGAUUUUCAAGAAAACAACUCGGUUGGUGAUGUCGUGCUCACGAUCACUGUCCAACCAGGGGUGACCCUCGAGUUCAGACCCCCAGUAAACCCAGACAACCCAUUUGACUUAGAUGGAAACAAGCUGAUAGCUAAGAGUGUGUUGGACUAUGAGGCUGCAACCACUCAGGAAGUGAAUAUCGUCUGCACUGAAACAGCCACAUCGCAAACGCUGCCUCUCGUCAUUAUUGUUGUUGUGAAGAAUGUGAAUGAUAACCCUCCAGUCUUUGACCAGAACCCGUACCGCAUCAAUGUCAAUGAGAUGUCUCCUGUAGGCACAAGCGUUGGCCGCUUCGCUGCCACAGACAAAGACUCUCAAAUCAUCUACUACACGCUGACGUCUGAAUCUAACGGCUUUAAACUAAGUUCGCCCACCAACCCGGAUCUCCUUGUUGCGACGCCUCUUGACUUUGAAAAAGUCAAAAAUGUCCAACUGAUAUUAAAAGCUGAGGACACCCAGUCGCCACUGACCUCAUUGAGCGCCACCACCACCAUCAUGAUCACCAUCUUAGACGUGGACAACAGACCCCCGUGGUUCCAGCCCUGCAUCAAACACGAGGCUGGGGGAGCUGUGAUCUGCCAGAGCACCGGCUACACCGGCAGGGUCGUCUUAAACGAACAAGAGGUGCAAUACUUCAUCUGGAAAAUCCCCGGAGAGUUACCUCUGAAACCAGGACCGCUGUACGCCAUCGACGGAGAUUCAGGGAUAAACGAGGAAGUGACGUACUCGUUCUUGGCUGGAGAUAAUGGCGGUCUGUUUCAGAUCAACCCCAACACGGGGAACAUCACCAUGUUGAAGCCGGCCGAUGUGUUGGAUACGAUCAGUCUGACAGUUCUGGCUGCUCAGAAGACAAACACUUAUCAGUUUGCCACGACCACUGUCACGCUCAGCGUUCAGGUGAAGAGUCUCCACCGUCCACAGUUUCAGAGGCCUCAGUACGAAGGCGUCAUCACCGCAGUGGGCGUCAUGGCGAUGGACCCGAAGUCCAAGGAUGAGCCGCUGCGGAUCCUCGCCACGGAUGAUGACUACGCUGCCACCUCGGGUAUAAACCCCCACAUCACCUACUACGUCAAUGGGAGCAGUGAUUUCUCCGUCGUUGGCGGCUAUUUAUUCAUGACAACGGAUCUCCCAGAGGCCACAUUAUCUCUGCAAUUGGUGGCAAUGGACACGACUAACGAAGAAACAGCUACAGCUCAGCUCUCAGUGGAGGUGACUUCAGGUUUAACCACCACCAGUUUGCCUCUGAGCACUACAGACAAUAUGGCCUCAACGUCUGUAGGGGAAUCCUCCACCGACAGCAAGACCACAGAAGAAGUGUCCACCUCCAACCCCACGACAUCCACUGACAGCAGCCUCUCAACUGCCACUAAUCCAAGUUUGACCAGUGAAGGAAGUGCCUCCACAGCCAGCACAGCUCACCCUCCCACAGUGAUCGUUCCGUCCGGUGGAUACGGGACGGUGGAGAUGGUGGCGCUCGGUGUAACCCUGGGGGUCCUGCUGCUCAUCUGUCUGGUGGUCAUCGUGGUGCUCGCCCUGCGCAUCCGGAGGGGGAACGCAGACUGGAGAAAGACCUUCGAGGCCAGCAUGUUCCAAAGCUCCCUGGGUCAAGGAGGUCAGAAGGAGGGCAUCCAGUACACCAACGAGGCCUUCCAAAACGAUGAAGAUGGAGACAGCAUGGGCUCCGGGUUUCCAGGGGUGGGAAGCGUAAGAGCCGGUGGAGCGCCGGGCGACUUUUCGCUCGAAGAGGCCGUCGUGAAAUCUUCAGUGUUGCCGCUGCACGCUCUCCUGCAGGGCGACGCCAGCCGAACGGGCUCGGACACCGCCGAGGACGACGACAAGGAGGUGAAACCCAUCCUGACCAAGGAGAGACGCAUGGACGACGGGUACAAGUCGGUCUGGUUCAAGGAGGACAUCGACCCCAACGCCAAGGAGGAGGUGUUGAUCAUCCCGGACCGCGGAGAGGACGACAGCCAGGAGGAAGACGAGGAGCCGUCGUCCAGCGGAAGGGAUGACGACGAAGACGACGACGACGGCCCGCGGGUUAGAACCCCGAGGGUCAUCUUCAACGAUACAGAUCUGGACAGUGGACUCGGGGUGAAGAUGGAGGAUCUGGAAGAGGACGAGGAGCUGUGA